AUGGGUUCAUUUAAUUAUUUAUAAUUACAAGAAGAAAAAUUAAAGAUUAUAAAAUUUUGUUAAUUUAUUGAUUUAUUUAUAGGUUAUUAAUUAAGAUUAAAUUCAAGUAGGAUGAAUAUUGAUAAAUUUACUAAAGAAGCUUAAAAUGCGAUUGAAAGUGAAUAGGAGGAAGAAGAAAAGAUUUACUUGCAGCUAGAAACUAUGGAUUAAAUCUAUAAUUUGCUGCCAAAAAGAAUCAGGAAGGAAGAGAGGCAGUUCAAACAGGAUAGAUUUAAUUUAUAUAAUAUGGCAUAAUAGGAAAGCAUGGUUGAAGCAAACUUGAAGAACAUGAAGCCAUUUAAGAUAGAAGAUUUAAUUUUUCCAGGUGAAGAAUUUCUUAUUUAGCAAUGUAACGUAGAAUAAGGUUUCAGUAAUAAGGUUAUUAGCUUACCUUAAGGCAUAAACGAUCAAAAUCUUAUAAAAAUGAAAUUCAAUCCCAACAUCCCUUAUGAAAUUCAAAACUAUUACAAUAUAAUUUAUAAACCUGAUGAAAAUCUUGAUUACUUCUUUGAAGAAGAAUAAAAAAAUGUUGAUUACACGCAAAAACAUUUAUUGAAGCUAAAGCCUAAAUAAGAUUAAGAAUAUCUGUAUUCUCUAGCAAAACAGGAGAGACUAAGAAAGUUUAAUGUGAAAGCAACUAAUGAAUAUUAUUUAUAUACAGAUAUUCCACCAACAUAAGAAGAUAUUGAAAAAAGAGCUUAAAUUUUGGCCAAGCUUUUUUGCAAGUACAAUCUGAAGGAAACGCAAGAAAAAAUUAGAAAAAGAGAUGAAGAGAAAAUAAAAAUAAAGCAUCAUCAGUAGAUUUAAAUGAGUAUAAUAAAUAAGGUUUUAAAAAAUGAAGACAUCACUAAAGAAGAUAUUAAUAAAGCUAGCACUCAAAUAUCAAAUAUAGACUAAGAUGUUGCUGCUUUAAUCAGAGAGUAAAAAAGAUAGGAAAAAUUGGCCAAGCAAUUGGCAAAUUAACCACCACCAGCUGAAGAGAAAGAUAAUAAAGAAACUGAAGAAGGUCAAGAAACAAAGUAAGGAAUUUAAAUAUAAAUCCAGAGGAGCGAAUAAUUUAGGCAAUAAAUUAAUCUUAAUAAUAUCGGCGCUUCCUAAAUACCUUACAGCUAAGAUUUCGAAGAUUAAAUUAAGAUACAUAAAUAAAAAAUAUUCGAUUAUUAUAAUAAUAAGAUAAUGAAAUACUAUAAUUAAGGCAAAUUACAAAAAGCUUUAGAGCUAAAAAAGGAUUAAGAAUAAAAAAAGAAGGAUUUCGAAAAUAGCUCUAACCCAGAAGUAUUGCUUAGAUCUUUGCUCUUUAUACGUUAGACUAAAUAAAUUUACUGA